UAAAGAACUCUCAAGUUUUUUUUUUCUUUCUUUUGCUUUCCCUUUUGUGUGGUUUAUCAUCUCUCAGUCUUCCUCCUUCUUCUUCUUCUAUAACGCUCUUCGCCAUCGUUUCGGUUUUCUCGAGGAAGUGUUUCUACUGGGGGAAAAAGCUCCUUUUUACCCACUUAGUUCUUUACCUUUUUGCUCAGAGAAAAAUGGUUUGAUUUUUUGUUAGAGAUGGUGAAAUUUGCAGGCUAUUUGGUUUAUCGCUUCUUGUUAUUUAUUAUCUGGUUAUCAAGCUUCCAAGAUGUAGCUGCGCAUGAUAAGCUUAAUGAGCAUAGUAGUAGAUCGACAACCUCUGAGUUGGCAAAUCCACCUGGUAUUGGAGUAUCUGGUCCCAUUCAAGUAUCGCCGUCAGUCAUCCCCAAAUAUGCAUCCCCUGCUCUACCUUGGACACCACCAAUGUACCCUACUUUUCCUGAUACAUAUGAACCCAAGUUAACCGGCAAUUGUCCUACAGACUUUCAAGCAAUUUCAAGUGUUAUCGAUACAGCAGCUUCUGAUUGUUCCCAACCUUUCGCUGCACUUGUUGGGAACGUGAUCUGUUGUCCGCAGUUUAUAAGCUUACUUCAUAUUUUCCAAGGACAGCACAACGUGAAGUCAGAUAAGUUGGUUCUGCCUGAUGCAGUUGCUACAGAUUGUUUUUCAGAUAUCGUUAGUAUCUUGGUCAGCAGAAGAGCCAACAUGACAAUACCUGCACUUUGCUCUGUAAGAUCGUCAAAUCUAACUGGAGGUUCCUGUCCAGUAACAGAUGUCACAACGUUGGAGAAAGUUGUUAACAGUAGCAAAUUACUGGAUGCAUGUCGCACUGUUGAUCCUCUUAAGGAGUGUUGUAGGCCAAUUUGCCAACCUGCAAUUAUGGAAGCUGCGCUUCUUAUUUCGGGACACCAAAUGACAGUUGGCGAUAAGCUCCCUUUAGGAGGAUCAAGUAACCUCAAUGCAAUUAAUGACUGCAAAAAUGUGGUCUAUUCAUAUCUUUCCAGGAAGCUUCCGGCAGACAAAGCAAACGCUGCAUUUAGAAUUUUAUCGUCCUGCAAAGUUAACAAAGCUUGCCCGUUGGAAUUUAAGGAGCCAACCGAAGUAAUCAAGGCUUGCCGUAAUGUGGCUGCGCCAAGCCCUUCUUGCUGUAGCUCGUUGAAUGCAUACAUUUCUGGUAUACAGAACCAAAUGCUAAUAACAAACAAGCAGGCCAUAGUCUGUGCAACAGUCAUUGGUUCCAUGUUGCGGAAAGGUGGUGUGAUGACAAAUAUCUAUGAGCUUUGUGAUGUCGAUCUCAAAGAUUUCAGUGUCCAAGCAUAUGGAAUGCAACAAGGUUGUCUUCUCAGAAGCUAUCCUGCAGACUUGAUAUUUGACAACACAACAGGCUACAGCUUUACAUGUGAUUUGACAGACAACAUUGCAGCUCCAUGGCCAUCUUCAUCGUCAAUGUCGUCUUUGUCUCUGUGUGCUCCUGAGAUGUCAUUACCUGCCUUGCCAACAUCCCAGACUCUUAAAAAUCACGGGUGUCGUGAUGGUGGGUUUGGAGCGUUGCGGCUCAUUAGUUUGGUAUUUCUACUGUAUGUUGUUGUGAGACAUUAAAAUUGAGAUUUUAGGAGGAAGGUUUUUUUUUUUUUGUUUUUGGUAGUCAGUGAGGAAACUUUGGAUAAAAAAAACAAUGGCAUGCUCAAUUUUCUUCUGUAUAUGUAAUCUUAAUAGGGCAAGGGUAAUGUAGUAGUAAUAUCUUUCUCUCAAUCUCAUGUAUAGUAGUAGCAGUUUUUA